GUGGACGAGUUGUAUAGAUCUACACUGGUACUUUGACGCCACUUCUCCUGAUCUGAAUUUUUAAACUCAAGACCGAGAAUUUGGUUUUCCUCAUCAAUUGAUUCUCGAAGUUGUAUUGCUGCAAUAUUGCAGCCAUGAAUGAUACCAGUAAAGCAAGUGAUACAAUCUCUCAACCAAGCUUUUUUAGCAGAAUUGGGACUGGUAUAUCACAGAGGUAUCAAAGUCUUUUGGAUCGAUCUGUACCCUAUGCCAUUCCUAGGUGGAUUGGAUUUGUCAGCUUUUAUAUCAUUUAUUUAGUCAGGAUAUUCUUCAUUCAGGGCUGGUACAUUAUAACAUAUGCUCUGGCGAUAUACCACCUGAAUCUAUUCAUUGCCUUCCUAUCACCCAAGAUAGAUCCAGCAGUUACAGAUGAUCCAGAUGAUGAUGGGCCUGCAUUACCCACCAAAUCAGGACAAGAAUUCAGACCUUUCAUUAGAAGAUUACCAGAGUUUAAAUUUUGGCAUUCUGCAACGAAAGCUAUAUUGAUAGCUAUGACUUUAACAUUCUUUGAACUCUUCAAUGUUCCUGUUUUCUGGCCUAUCUUAGUUAUGUAUUUCUUCCUGCUUUUCUUCUUAACAAUGAGGAGACAAAUUGAGCAUAUGAUCAAGUACAGGUAUCUACCUUGGACACGUGGUAAGACAAAGUACAAGGGAAAGGAAGAUACAGGCGAUGUGAUUGGCUCACAAUGACAUAAUGCCCCUAGCAGCGCAACCAAUCAGGACACAGAUAAACCAACAUAGAUCUUCUUGAGGUUGUUACAGGUCCCCAAAUCACCCAUUGUAUGUCUGCUUGAUAUCUGCCUUGAGUGUUUGUCUCAGUAGACAUUAUUUUACUCAUACGGCAAUUUCUUUCAAGAUCAGUUGUAAAUUACAAUGGAAAUUGUCAUUUUGGAGUUGUCCUAAAACCUGUUCAAGUUGUUUCUAUCUUUAGUUGGGGUUGUGCAGCACAUAGAUACAUGUAUAUGUUUUUAUCUUUUCUAAAGAUUUACAGAUUUGUUUUUUGUAUCAAUUAAAGCACGAGACUGAUGCUGAGUCCAGUUGGUCUCAUUUUUAUGGUGAUUCACAGUGUGAUUGGAAUCACUCUUAAAUGUUUUAUGCGGUAUGUAAGGUAUCACUGCAUUGGCCAAUUAAAGCUAUUGAAGAGGACGCACGCUAUUGCUUAUUAGUAAGAUUGUGCAUUGUACGCAUUGGCAUUUAAGCAUGAUUCUAACUCACCCUCCAGGUAUCAUUUUAUCCUGUUCUGAUCUCUGUAGAAAAAUUGAUACUAUCUGAAACUAUAGCUUUCCGUCUUAUUUCAGCUUUCUCGCAAUAUUGGAAUGCAGUCAUGAACUUGAAUCAAAUGGAAAUCAGGAAUAAUGAUCUGUAUCCAAUCUUGUUUAUUUUUAGUGCGAAUGGUUCUGUUUCACGGUUAUAGAUGUAUUAUUAUACUGUGCAGCAAACAGCAUGCCUUCCAUAAUUGAAACUUAUAUGAAUUUAGAAAACAGAAAAAUAAAAAGAAAGAACACUGGUUAAUCCUGUUGAAAUCAGUUAACUUUAUCUAAGGCAUGAAACCAAUUAUGUGUGAUCUUAGCUAUUCAAAGCACCACUUAUGAAUCUAUUUAAUGAAUAAUGAAUUAAUUAAACAAACAAUAAAGUGCAAAUAGCAAUAUUUAAGAUAAAGUUAGAUAGUUUUGUCCUUACACUACAUCAUUUAGCAUUAGACCUAACCUAUGUGCCCAAUUUGAAAUCCUUGAUAUAUAUAUUUUCUCCAAAUUGUAAUUUUCUUACUGCUCCAUUUUGUCAAACUUUCACAAUUCUUCCUCUCCCCUUUUGUUUUAAAAUCUUACAGAACAAUCUGCCAUUUAGUUUGCCUUAAGAAUUUAAAAAGAAGUUAGAAACCGACUUUGGUAUGUUGUUUUUAACACCAAACUGGUAAUUUCAAUCAUUUAAAGGUUUUUUGUCUUGUCUGCAUGCAUAGCAUAGGCACCGCUUUUCCGGCAGCGGCGACGGCAAAAGCAUUUAAAUCUUACCAAGAUUAAGUUUUUGAAAUUCCAUCAUACUUAGAAAGUAUAGUAACCUAGUUCAUGAAAAUUGAACAUAAGGUUAAUCAAGUAUUACUGAACAUCCUACCUGAGUUUCAAGUCACAUGACCAAGGUCAAAAGGGUCUAUGAACUUAGUAUUUUAUUAUCAUGUAAGUGGUGUUUUAUGUGAAUAAUAAUUCAUCUUAGUUGUUUUCAAAGUCAACACUGCUUCUAUAUGGCGUAAUGCAGGCGAGACUGCCAUAGGCGUUCCACUAGUUUUUUGGUUGACAUUUGGUUUCUCUCUUCACAAACUUGCUGAUAAAUGGCUGAUACUGCUUUAAAUAAGUUCAUUCCAAAUAAGUGGUUUCUGAAAGUCGACUUUAUAAUUUUUCAUAUUUAUCCUUUGUUGUAGUUUACAGUUUUAUCACUUUAUGAAAGAUCAAAUUUUCUGAUUAUUUAAAUCAAACUAUUCUUUAAUAAUGCAUGCCCUUUACUUGAAGUUUUGAUAAGACUCGCCUUUUAAUUUAUAGUGAAAAGGGAUUCUUAAUGUUGCACGUUGAGAUAUCUGUAUAUGAAGUGACAGGUUUUGUCCAGGCGUAUAGAUAACAUUAGGAUGUGAUAAGUGUGCAUGCAUUUAAGAUGUCUAUUCGGCAUUUUCAUAUUUAUGAAUUACCAAAGCAACACAUUAAAUCAGUUUGAUGGUCCAAAACUUUAAAGUGCAACA